CACAGACUGAGGGGACACAAUAACAGAAACCUUCUUUAUUUACAUGGAACUUAAUGAAAACGCUUAAACAAAGCAGAACCAGGAUACUCUUUCCGAUCAGACAGGGAUGAACCAGAUGAAGCUUUCCUCUGAGGAGCUGCGCUCUCUCCCACCAAGACCUCCGACCUUACCUGUAGCUUCACCAAAGAGACGGUUUGUCAAGGUUGGAAGGAAGAGAAGUGAUGGAUCCCAACAGUGAGUAUGAAAACUACCAGAAGCACAAAUUAAUUGUUAAAAUAAAGAUUUCUUUGGUCACUUUUUUCUCAUUUUUGGAUAAUGUGCUGGUUUCUACUCUGAGAAAUUCUUUGCCCUCUGCUAGUUUCAAAAUCUCAGACUGUAAGUGAACUAGUCAUAGCAUCCUUCUGAGAGAUGAUUCAGCACUUAAAAAAAAUGAUGUUCAGUUUGAGCUUUUUCAGGCUACUAAAAGAACGGAACAUUUAUACUUUCUAACAGCUCUGUGACUUAUGAUAUCCCAGUGCAAAUAGUUCACUUCAAAGUAAAAGCAUAAUUUGACCAUGCAGGAUAUUAAGCAAUCUAAAUGCAGGACAGAAAAAAAUAUCAAAAUAAAAGCACGACAAGCAACCACUCUGUGAUGCAAUGUCUACUCCAAAGAAGUUUCAGUCUCAGGGCUGAUGGUAAAACAUACAUUCAUAAUCAUGAGAAAUGGAUGAUGACAUAUAAGUUGAUUGUAUUCAUGAAGUAAUGUGAUGUUCCUCUCUUGUCUGACCUUUCCUGAAUUUGGCUGAUUUUGUUUAUCUUAAAGAUUUCCAUAACUGUUGUGAUAAUACUGGUAAAUGGAUACUUCAUGGCCAUGGUGACAGAAAGGUGAAAAUCUGAUAUUGUGGUAGUGCUGUGACCAACAAAAUAAAACAGUCACGUAGCAGUGACAGUCACCAUACUUGAAUCACGUAAUGUCUAUGAUAAACAUCUAUCUGAAUCACUUAAAUGCAGCUCCUCAUUUAAAGUGCAAAGUGCAACACUGCUACCAUCCCAAAUAACCAGAAAAUACAUAAUUCAGUGAGACAGAUUUGUAGACAGUGUUGUCCUGCUUAACCAACAUUGAAGGCAUAUGUGCAGACUGCUAGAGUAAUGGGAUCACAGAGUCCUGACUUUAGCAUCUACACUUGUAAUCUACAUACUUGGUAGUGAUACAAAAAAUCAUGUACAGACGAAGACAGUGAGAUUUUGAUUCAUUAGGAGAACUAUUACAGGCUGAGUAAACAUUAUUUUCAACUACAACAUAAAUAAUUUGAUGAUGUGUUAGCCUAUUACCAGGUUGGACCUCCUUCUUCCCUCAGAACUGCCUUAAUUCUUGGUGGCAUACUUUUAACAAGAUGUUGGAAACCUUCCUCAGACAUAUUCGUUCAUAUUGACCUGAGAGCAUCACACAGCUGCUGCAGAUUUGUCGGCUGCACAUCCAUGAUGUGCAUCUCCUGUUUCACCACAUCCCAAAGAGGCUCUACUGGACUGAGAUCUGGGGACUGUGGAGUCUACUGGAGUACAGUUAACUUAUUGUCAUGUUAAAUAAACCAGUUUGAAAUGAUUUGAGCUUUGUGACACUGCAUUAUCCUGCUGGAGAUAUCCAUCAGUAGAUGGGUACACUGAGGUCAUAAAAGGAUGGACAUGGUUAGCAAUAAUACCCAGGUAGGCUGUGGAGUUUCAAUGUUGGUUAGUUCGAACUAAGGGGCCCAAAGUAUGCAGAGAAAAUACCCCUUUCAACAUUACAUCACCACCAGCCUUAAGUGUUGAUACAAGGUAGGAUGGAUCCACGCUGUUAUAAUAUUUAUGCCAAAUUCUGACCCACCAUCUGAAUGUGGCAGCUGAAAUCCAGACUCACCAGACCAGGUUUCUGAAAUCUUCUAUUGUCCAAUUUUGGUGAGUCUGUGUGAACUGUGGCCACAGUUUCUUGUUCUUAGCUGAUAGGAAUGACACCUGGUGUGGUCUUCUGCUGCUGUGGUCCAUCUGCUUCAGGGUUCAAGGUUGUGAGUGAAAAUCCCAGUAGAGGAGCAGUAAGUAAAAUAUUCAGACUAGCUCGUCUGUACCACCAACUGUGCCAUGUUCAAACCCCCCUUUUCCCCUGUUCUGAUGCUUGGUCAUCUUGACCUCGUCCACAUGCCUCAAUACAUUGAAUUGCUGCCAUGUGAUUGGCUGAUUAGCUAUUUGUGUUAACAAGCCAUUGCACAUUUGUACGUUAUAAAGUGGCAGGUGAGUAUAUAUACAUUAAAACCAGUAUAACUGUGUUUUUGAAAAUUUUGCACUUUUACACAGCAUUUAUCUGGUGAAAACUUGUGUAUAUUUUCAUAGUGCAUUAUAUUUUCCUGAUGGGAUAAACUCUAAUAGCAGUAUGUUCACUAUCCUGCAGCCCUAAUUGCGAUACAAAGAAGCCAUAUGCAGCCUGUUGAAACACAACCCCAAUAGCUGACUUCAAUAUUAAUGCUACCACUAAGAAGGUAAAUAGCCAAUCACAGCUUAGGAUUCCAGGGUGGCCACCAGGGCAGCCAAUCAAAUUUUAGGGGUGGCCUCACUAAGUGCUAAAAUUGUGCGCUGUUUCACCAUCAAAUGUAGUCGCACUUACCCUGUUUUACUUCACCCCAUUUGCAGUACCAUGCAUUUUAUGUCUAGCCAAAACCAACUAACAGCGUGAAGUUAAAAUGUUCCCAUUACCCUUAGUUCAUCUCAGCUGUGUGAUGUAUUAUUUAGGAUCAAUCAAAACUAUUCAACCACUGUCUGCUCAUAGAGAUAAUAUUCCAUCAUGGCUCUCUCAGUCCUUUUUCCAUAGAUUUAGCCAUUUCCAAUAAUAUCGUUGUUGAGAAAACCCAAAUAUCUUAGCCAUUGCGUCAUUGUAAAGAACCUUAGAACUGCAGCAGUAAGAAGCUUACGGGCUUGGUUAAAGUAAAACAACACCUCUUUAUUUCAUCAAUGUGCUGAGGGAGCUGAGAGAGGCAGACUGAAGGAGACUGACUGUUAUUGUGCUGAGGACAGACCCACAGGUACAUAUUUCCUUGUUGUUUAGUUAACAGCUUUGGCCACACAGAGAUGUCUGUUUAUGUAGAUGCUUGAAGAUUAUGUAGUGUUUGAAAUACCUGCUGUCUGUUUAUUUUCUUCAUAUUUUAUGAAUACACUCCUUAUUUUCUUGUCACUGUUAUGUUUUUAUCACUAAAUCUAAAACAAAACAGUUCUUUUUGUUCAUAUUCUGGUUUAGCUUCUCUUCUGCUAUAAUUCCUGUUUGAACCACUUAUCUCCUUCCAAUUUCUUGAUUUGACAGUGACAGUAUGGGCUCCAGGAAUGCAAGACUCCUACACACUAGCUGACUUGCAGAAAACACAAUUAUUUGGUCUUAAACCUUCAUCAGGCAAGAUCUCAGACUGGAAAGCUGCAAAUAUACAUGUUUUGCAAGUCAGUGCGUGACAGUUUUGAUUUUACAACUGGCUCACUCCUUUUGCAUGUGCACCUGUCCUGUCAAAUGACAAGCUCUUUUCCUUGGAAUAUCUGUGCAUAAAAGAGUCCCCCUCGCUCUCCUUCGGCCUUCUCACCAGGGUCAAAUCAGACAUGGUGAUUACGUUUUGCUGUUGUUUGCUCUAAGUCUUCUCUAAAAGGAUCCUGUCUUACUUUCCAUCUUCCAGAUCCGCUUCGUCCACAUCAUCCAGCAGCAGGUCAGCUGAGGGUGUGACCAUCAGACAACCUAGCAAAGGCCGCAUCCGCCGACAUCCCAACCGCCUGUCCGGAGUCUUCCUCCGGGUCCCUGUCUCUAGCUCAGGCUCCAUGGCACUGACAGCAGGGAUCAGGUCCUCACUGAACAUCCAGCCCAGAAAAAGCAGCGGUAUGUCAGAAAUACACCUCACAUUCCUGUAUGCGUAUUUGUCCUAUGACUUACUUUGAAGUAUACUCAUGGAUCAAAGGUUAGUGGUGCUUGUUACCAAUCAUUUGGAUUUAAUCUUUAAAUAGGCCAAUCUGGGACACUGAGGAAAGCUUUUUAUGACCUGCAGUCCUCCUUACUAAUCUCAUCCAAUAAAAACCAUUGUUUCAGCAAUGUUCAGCCUCUGCCUGAAAAACUUUGUUCUGGUUACUUUUCUGGGGGUGUAAAGUUAGUUACAGCUUGUGAGUGUUACUUUUAACACAGCUUUACUGUGCCUUAUAUGGGAGAAGACUGUAGUGAAGAGCUAGGAAUCACGAGUUUAGCCUGGAUACAGAUACACUGUACAAUGUGCAAUGAAGCAUAUGAUGCAAUACAAUUUUAUUAAAACCCACUUUUCUUACUGGUUUUAUUGUAAGUGAUAUAUUUUAAGUAUUUCUUCUUGCUCUGUUUUUCCUACUGGGCUGAGGAUAAAUAUCUGUCACUGAAGCUUGUAAACCUAAAGUGGGAGCCAGGCCUUGAAACUCCUUUCUUGUAUCAUCACAGUGAUCUCUUCAGAUGUUUUAAAAGCUGACGACCCUGCUGAGCUGUCCAAUCAGAUGACUGCGCCAGGAAUCCUGAAGAUCUUUGGAAAUGACAUCUGCGAGGGAGCUCACUACAAGAGCGUCCUCGCCACCACUCACUCUAGCGCCAAGGAGCUGGUGAAAGAGGCCCUUGAACGGUGAGGCCAUGUGUUACAUCUGCACGUGUGUGUGUGUGUGUGUGUGUGUGUGUGUGUGUGUGUGUGUUUGUAUGUCUGCCUGCCAUAUGUGUCUGUUCUGUAUGUGAGUUAUAUUAAGUCUAUCCACAUGCUUCCUGCGCUGUAACACACCUUUAUGCCACAUCAUUUGAUUAUACAAGCAGUCAGAAGAGUCCGCGGUGGACAAAGCUCUGGCUGCUGAUGAAAGAGAAGCACGCUCAUGUUUUUAUGGUUAAAACAGUCAGGGAAAUGAAGCCAGCUUGAUUUUCUGCUCCAUUCUUCUUAAAUGUAGCUCAGUGGAUAAAGUCUGCAAUUGAACGAAUAGGUCAUGUAGUUGCUCUGAAAGAUCUUGAACUAACCACAGAUCCAUGUGAGAGGCGUUCGGUGUCAGCCAGAGCUCUGAGGUUGUUUCUCUCCGGAGAGUUGGUGUCUGUCAGUGCUGACGUUUCAGCCAAAAACAUGAUGGAAUGAUUAAUGUGAGCGGCUUCCAGCUUGUAGAGGAUAGAGUAAAUCAUUUUUCAUUUCACUGACUGAAAGUUUACUCUGUGGCGUGACAUUUAGCUCUGUUGAGAUGCCACAAUUCUCAAUAUUAUUGUUCUGUAUGUGAUUCGUGGCUUAAUACCAACUUGUAAAAGUCACUUUAUGUAUAUUAUUUUUUUUGUUGCUUUAACCAUAGACUGUAUUAAACAUAUCUGUUUUAAACUCAUUUGUGUCAUCAGCACAAUUUAAAAGCCAGGGCCGUUCUCAGGCUGUUUGAGGGGCAGGGGAAAAAAAUUUCAAAGGGGUCCUCCUGUAUGCUAUGAGACACCAUCACACAGAGAGUUGAGAUUCGUGAAGAUCUGUGUCAUCACCAUUUUGAAGACUGAUUUGAAUUUAUUUUUGUUUCAGCUAACAAUAAUGUUUUUAGCAUUUUAGUUUUCAUGAGUUCUUCAGUUUUUGUGGUUUCGUUAGUUUUUGUGAUUUUGUUAGUUUCCAUGAUUUCACUAGUUUUUGUGGCUUUUUUAUUUUUUAUGGUUCUGUAAGUCUACAUGGUUUUGUUAAUUUCCUUUUUUUCUGUGAGCUUUUGUGGUUUCUUAGUUUAUGUGGUUUUGUUAGUUUCAGUGAUCUUGUUAGUUUUUUGUGAUUUCUUAGUUUCCAUAACUUCAUUGGUUUUCAUGGUUUCAUAAGUUUUCAUGGUGUAGUUAGUUUCCUUCUUUGUGUGUGUGUGUGUUUUUUUUAAUGGUUGUGUUAGUUUGCAUUUUUUCGUUAGAUUUGUGGUUGCAUUAGUUUGUUUGUGGCUAAAUUGUUGUAUCCCAUUACCUAUCCUUAAAAACACUGAGACUGAUGAUGAGGAUAGAGGAAAGCCUCACUCUUGUGAUUGAGGCUUUCCUCUAUCCUCAUCAUCAAUCUCAAUUAUUAGAGUGUCUUUUAAGACUAAAUGCUCUGAUAAACCCAUCGUUUCUUCCUGGCUGCCAACAAAUGUCAGGCAGAGAGAGCAGCUCCCUUCUUACUACUUUGGAGCAUUAACAUUAGCUACUUAAAACACAGAGAUGUUUCUUCUACCAGGUCCCAAAUAUCUAAAGUGCUAAAAAUCUGAAGAAAACAAGGUGAACCCUUUCUUUUUUCCAUGGACUUUGUAGGCAAAAUGAAGAGAAAACUUGUAAGUGGAGGGCUGUGUUGGCUUUGGAUCGGCUGUAUUUCUGUCACAAGUACAAGACAUCACCUUUAGCUUGCUGACUAUAACCUAAUAAGCUGUCCUGUUGGAUCUCACUCACUUUUCAGAGUGUAUUCUGGACAAAUGUGUGUUUUAGUUGGAGCUUCUUUCUGUCUUCUCCUUAAUAUUUCUUUUACAUAUUAGACAUGCACUAAUAACACAUAAUAUUGCUGCUUCUAGCCUUGAAAGAGAAACACCCAGAGGUCUCCAAAAUAAGAAACUUUUAAAUCAAUCUCGUAGAGUUUUUAAAGAGCAGAAUUUUGAAGUUAGAGUGCUUUUUUUUUACAGUAAUCUUUAUUCAUUGUGAAUCUCAUAUCUACCCCACCUGUGUCUCCUAGAUACGGCCUGGGUAAGAAAGAAGCCGAAGCCUACGUCCUUUGUGACACCAUCGGCUCCAUCGCUGAUCAUCAGUGGAAGACAGAAGGUUUCCGGGUCGUGGGAGAUAAUGAGAAGCCCCUACUCCUGCAGUCGCUAUGGAAACCCAGAGAGGGCAUGGCGAGACGAUUUGAACUCCAAAAAAAGAGUUCUGUGGAGGAGAAGACAUCUAAAGACCAGGACACCAUCACAGCUGGUACAGAGUCUGACUGCUUUGAUUACCUAUAACAGGUUCUCCAUUUGUACAAAACCCUUUCUGCCACCUUGAUUCUUUCUCAUUUUCAUUCAUACAUUUUUCCUGAUGCAUGUCACUGACAAAGACAAUGAGUUCUCUGGGGACGUCAGUGUAAUGUUUGAUGCUUGCUCGUUUUGCCAUGAUCACUGUUAACACCUCUGUUUCAAAACCUCAAUUCAUCCUGUUUUGGAGUAAUGUUGGAAAGGAGAUUUGGUGAGAUGUUAAGUUAUAAUGAUCUUCUCCAAAUUGGUGGAAGAGUCCAAACCAUAGACUGUAUAUACUAUGGACAACUUGGUUCCGCCUCCCGCCUGUAUGCGGAUUUGAUGCCAAAUAGCUCUCGGUAUUUCCGGGAUUUUUCUUCAUUUCCUGAAACCAGAGCUGCGCAGUAGCGAUGCGCGCAUUCGGGUGUGCAGUCGCAGAGAGUCGCUGUGAUGAUGCUCGGCUCAAACAGUGUAUCCCCGGAGAGUUACGCAAUCUCUGUACGCCCAUAGGCUGUAUCAGGUGUCAGUCAUAGAAAACAUGAACCCCCUAAUAACUUUUAAAAAUGGAGCUGUACAGAAAAAGAGGACUUGAGCACAAAACAGUCUGACAGUAACUACAUGUCAACAUCACAACUAGGAGGGAGAAAAAUGUUCUGUGUAAUAAAUUUCCAAAGUUUGUCCACAGCUCCAUGAGCUUUGCUGGCGGAAGCGGGAUUUAUGACCUUUACUGCAGCCCGUCACCAGAGGGUGCUGUUCUCGGAGUGGCUUCACCCAGAGAAGAGGCAGACUCUGUCCAUUCUUUAUACAGUCUAUGGUCCAAACUACAUUAUCAAAAUAAAGUAAGGCAUCCUGAUAUUAGCCAACACAAGUCACAGUGUCAAGAGAGUCCUGAACUUAGGUGGGCUACUAAAACACAACUACCUGCUAACACGAGGACGACAGGCCUCAGUCAAGAUGAUUUCACAGACUGUCACAUUUUGACUCAGAAUGUCUGCAUAGUCUGCUUUUAUUGUAAAAACAGCACUUGAAGAGUUAAAUCCAGUUUCAGGGUAAGAGUGUGGUUUGUUGGCACGUUGUUUUUCUUGUAAAAAUCAGCCAAGCCACACAAACCAAACCGUAUUUAAGAGGUCUACAAACUCCUCUUUUCUUUCUCUUAAAUUUCUGUGACAAAUUUGGACUGUUUCAUUCUUACAGCCAUUAAACGACCUCAGAAAGUUCAAUUUAAUGAACAAUGCUGACAGACUGUGAGCUAAUAAAACUUUUUCCAGUGACACACCCUUUCUGCAGAAGCUUUUACAUCCAGUGGUUUUUAACAUAGAGAAGGAAAAUAUCCAGAACUUUCCACAGGUGCCAUAAAGUGUUUGUUUCCACAUGCUGGAAACAAACACUUUGUGGCACUAUAAAUGUGUACGGUGGACCGCCCUGUGUCAUUUGUACAGGAGGCCGAGCCGUGGUUGACACAGCUGUGGUCAUGGUGUAGAAAGCGUGUCCUGUUUUGUUUUUUGCUCUUAUGAAUGGUGCAGCCUGUGAUAGCUGGCUCUAUCAGUGUCAGCGCGUGGAUCCCUGCUCAGUGGGUGAACUCACUCUUUUUAUUUCCAUUAGCUCUGUCUUUCUUUCCAUGAGCUCUGUUUCCUGCAUGAGGCUCCUCCAUGUUGACUCUGGCAUAAACACACCAUGUACAAAUGACCAAACACACACAGACUCACACACAUCUCACCUUUCUCCAGGAAAAAAAUGGCUAUCACUAAAUUCCAUGACCUCCAUGCUUCAUGUGUUUAUGUUUCUGCUCAGUCAGCACACACUGAAGCUGCAGUUUUCAGUCUAAACAGCUUUAUUUGUUGAUUCAUCCCUCUGUCCUGAUAGGUAUCAAUGCCCAGGCUCGAAAGCUGCAGAAGAGCCGCUCCAGAGUGACCUCCACCUUCAUGGAGAGGACGCUUGGACGAAACUACAAGAUGUGGAGGAGCAAAAGCGAGAUGGACCUCUUGGAUUCAGAUGCUGAGAACCAGCAGGAAAACUGUAGAAGUGAAAGUCUGGAUCAGAGUCUAGAGCAGCCAGAAACCAGCCCUGUGCAGAAUCACACUCACAGUAUCACAGCUCCCUCUCAAGGGGUCAGAGGGUUGCAGGCCAAGACAGAGGAGCUCUGUCCAUCAAAGCCCAGAGCAGAGCGGGGAGGAGAGGAAUCAGAGAGGGAGGAGACGGAGAGCAGCGACGAUAGCAGCACACAGUACUCCAUUCACCCUCCUCAUGACUGUCCAUACCUGCUGCUGCUGCAGGGCUGCAGCCCCGCACAGGUAUCUCAUUCACACACACACACACACACACACACACACACACACACACACACACACACACACACACACACACACACACACACACACACACACGCAUACACACACACACCACAGCUUACAGCAGUGAGGUCUAUAUUAGGAGUCACUGAUGUUUGAUGACUCUGACCAGCAUGAAACUCCCUCUUAUCACCCUUACAAAUCUUAACUCCAGAUUAAAAAACACGCCACAGUAUUUCAUGGAUUUUAAAAAAAAACAGUUAAAAAUACUGAGGCAGACAUCAACUUCAACUCUCAGGGCUCUAUUUUCGUUCGCGCCGGUGAGGCGGCGGAGGGCGGCGAGCCCCGCGCAGUUGUAUUUUCGUCUGGCGGAGCCCAGCGUAAGGCGAGUUUGGUAUUUUCGUGGACUGAGUCGCACGGAGGCGAGCCGAGAUCCGCCAAGCUGGGCGUGGUGGCGUGGCAGGGGGAGGUGUUGACAGAAUCAGCUGGCGCAGUGACAUUUUCGUGCUCGCCACCGGCGUGUAACGUGCGCUGAAAGCUCGCCGAUUCAAACCUGGUCAGCUUUCAGCGCAAGGCGGAACGCAGCUGGUCUUGUAGUAUUUUGGUAGACCGGCGGCGUAUCGACAUACGUCACUGAUGCCUCACCGGCAGGUUUCCACAGUGUCAGGCACAUUUCAGUGCAAUAAAUAAUCAUCAACAACUAUUAAUCUGAGUCAGCACAUACAUUUAGAUCUAUAUCGAUAUAUUCUGAUCUAUAUCUGAUCUGAUGAGCGCGUUUGGCACGCGUUUGGGCACACAACCUGACCGAAUCAAUACAGCUGAAACUGCAUCAAAUUAAAUUAAAUAUCUAGUAAAUAAACACACAUGAUGAAGUUAACAAGAUAUGUAAUGUGUCUCCCUCCUUUUCUUUCUUCCUCUUAUUUCUCGCACAGCUCGACCUGGACACGUCUCCGUGUCCUCUGUCCGUCUUGCUGCAGCUGCUGCGGCUGAACAGAUGAUUUGUUUCAGUGCUCAGAUGCGUUAUCUACUUUAAGCCGACAUACGGAUAUUAUAAUAUUCAGUUUUGUGAGUCAAAUUUAUUUUAUAUGCCAACAUCUAUGAAAGAAAGAGCCAGGCCACUGAGCGCGAUGCGUCAUUUACGCACAGAUGGUUCCAAUUUUAAUGCCAUUUUUGGAGUUUAUGUUGUGAUCUGUGCGCUAAACCCACCUUUGUCACGUGAGGUUUGAAUAUAUGCAACUUUUUGUGAGUGUCUUUUUUGUGGAAAAGGGUGUUUGUCUUACCAGUGGGUCCAACAUUACACACACCAAAUCUAUCUGUGCUCAGAUGAGAGAGUGUGGAGGAGACUUGUUGAGCAGCUGCCCUCUGUCGCCAUCGUGUGGCAUAGCUGUCUUCAGACAUCUCUUGAUCUCUUUGACUACUUCAUGAAAAUAGUAAUACGCCUCGCCGGUGGCGGAUUUAAAGGCAAGGAGAGGAGCUUAUGUGAUUGGUGAAAACAGGUCUCGGCUGUGUUAAACCCCUAUACGCCCUCUCUCCUCCCCUUCUAUGAUUUAUGCUGCCGGGAGGAGCUGAGUUAGGGAGGGGGGAUACUUACGCCGGGCUGCGCGGCUCACCAAAAUACCAAAAUGUGCUUGGGAACGCCUUGUCAGCGCGGCGGAUCUGAUUGACUCUGCGCUUGCGGCACGUCUUCGGCGAGGCACCAAAAUAGAGCCCUCAGUGUGCUGGAGCUGUUUAUCCAUGGAGACCUUCAUAAAGACUCCAAAACCAUAAGCAGUGAAUUCAGCUAAUGUAUACUGAGGAGCUGAAUAAGAGCUAACAGUAAGCCACAGAAAUUUUCUGCAAAGGCAUAUCUCUUCGGCUGAUUGUAAAAAUAAAGUUUGAUUGAUUGAUUGAUUUGUGACCACAAAGCUGUGUAAAAAGUAACACACACAAGCUGGGUCAAACUUUAUACCAGUGGAAAAGCAGCCCAAACAAAGUGUUUCCAGUUGAGGCUGAUUAGAGCUGAAAUUGAUUUAUUUACAGACCUAGAAGAUUAACAAGAUAAGAGGAACUUCAUUUAUCCUCAAGGGGGAAUUUGAAAAGAGCUGUGUAACACGUUAUGACCCACCUUUGGUACAGACUGUGACCUCUGUUUAAGACUAUCCUCCUCUCUCACUGGACCGCUACAGUUCAGCUGAUUCCAGAUGCAACUUCUGAUUGGUCAACAGACCAAAACAAAGGUGGCAGCCUUCAUUAAGUAUGAUCCACUAACAGCAGAAAUGACCCUAUGUCAUUAAAAAUCAAUGCAGAAAUCACUGCAGAUUACCUUAAUUUGAAGGGUUUGGUCUAGACAGUCUGUGGAAAUUCUCUGAUCUUCCCUGUGGAAUAAAAAAGCUCUAUGACAAACACACACCAGAGAGCAGCUGGUCUCACAAAGUAUGUGGAUUUUACAGUUAGGCACAAUAACAAAUUGUGUGAAAAAACAGCUUCAACCCCACUUUUUACUUAACCCUGAAUAUAAGAUGAUUCCACUUUUUUCAGAUGUAGUUUAAGGACUACCUUUAGUCACUCUGAGCUGCUCAGAGGAAGAAUUGGGCAGGUUGAUCCUCACUAAUCUGAUCAAUAGUGGCAUGAUUUUUCACCUCUAAACAGUGAUUCUUAUUUGGAGACAUGGUUUGACAAACUUCUUGUACAUACAUAAGCCUUUGUAAUUAAUUUUAAUCUCUAUAAAUCUGGCUACUGUUGCCAAGGGGGCAAAGCUCAGCAACAGUAAAAUCCACCUCUGUACAAAUGCUGUCAAAGGCUGAUUCCUGCUUUAGCCAGUAUACAUGUGCUCCCUCUGCUUCCUACAGUAAUUCCUUUGCUUAUUGUUUUAAUAUUCAGACUAAGCUGUGAAGUAACAGCCCUUUAAUCUCUGUAAAACUUGCUCUGCUGGCACCUUUCCUCAGCACUCAGACAGACACAGAGAGGAGGUUCAUUUUUCUAAGGUCAGCAAACUGUACAUAGGAAAAGUGAGUGUCAAAAACACUGAUCAGGAAACUGAAAAAGACAAACCUGGCACUGCUUCCUGGUGAUUACACGUGGUUUCAACAAAGGGCAACUACCACACACAUCCACACAUCCACAAGGCUAAUCCUGAUACAGUGCUGUGAUUCUGACUGUGCGUCACACUUGUUUUCCCAAAAGACCUGUCAUAGGACCAUAAUCCACUGCCAGAAAUAUCAUUAUGGAGAAGAUUUAUGGAGUUAACGCAGUAAUUCAGCGUCUGGUCAGCCUGGAAAAGACUGAUAACACAACAAAAUGUCCAAAAUGAUAAACCCUGCAGCACAUUGUUCUCUCUCUGUUUGUCUAAUCAGGCUUUAAUUCUAAUACCUCCACAUGAUCAGGCUGCUCUCACCAAGAGACUGUUGUGACGCAGCUGCUACUGGUGAUUGGUUUAUUCAUUUAACAAAAUAAAGAUUAGUUUCAGCUCAGGCUUUAUAUGGCUAGUAUGGUCUGUGUGUUUCAGACCAGGACACACUGAUAAACAGAGAGAUUAAAAUCAGAAAUUAUUGACUUCUUUGCAGUGGUGGUAGGAGUUCAUGAAAUAUUUAGAAGAGUAACUCAAUGAAACAAUCCACUUAUAAAGAUGUAGGGCCUGUUGCACUGAGUUGUGCACUAACUAUAUUGUAGGGCUGCAUGAUUAAUCGAAUUUAAAUCAUAAUUGGAUCAUUCAAUUAUGACGAUGUUAAAAAAAUGUAAAUCCUCAAAUCAAUUUUCCUCUCUAUCAUGUCUUGUGCCUCCAGGCCACUGUAGGCUUCCCCUUACUGCAGGAGUGCUCCCCAUUUCUCACACACACCAGUGUAAACAAACAUGGCGUUUCCAAAAGAAGGCAAUAAUUUCGUGGCUAAAUAGGGCAAGAACAAUCAGUCAUAUUGGUAACGGCUUUGCAGUUUCAGCUGAAGAACAAACCACUUCCCACUGCAAAGUCUGCCUGAAGGCGGUAUCAACCAAUCCACACGGAAACGAAUUUAGGAGUAAAUGCAAAAGUUUUUUGUCCUAUCAGCAUUUCAUCUAAGCGGAAACAGCGUUUUGUAAAUGUUUGUAAACGUUACUUUUUGAAAAUGGGUCAGAGAGUGCAUAAAUCCAUAGAUGACUACCAUCUCCUUGUGGAUGCCUGUCUUACAUCUCUCCUGAAACGAUCAUGUGACUCACAGCAUAACUCUUUUAUGGCUGCUGCGCGUCCUACCAAAACAACCUUUAUACACAUGCUCUGUACUCUUCUUCUGUCUUGUUUAUUUCCACGGCAGCAUUACAGCGCCACUUACUGGCUUGGCAUGUGCACUAUAUCAUUUUCAGUGGUUUUGUUUUGGGAGAUGAUAGAAAAACCUUUUAUUAUUAAAGUGAAGUUUGGUUAAGUUGUCACUGAAUAAAAAAAUGAAAAUCGAGUUUUCUGUGAAAAAAAUCAGGAUUUUAUUUUGGGCCAAAAUCAUGCAGCCCUACUAUACUGUAUUUAGACUACAUUAGCAUUACCUGGUGCAGCUCUCCACUCAAGGGAAAAACAGCAGCAGUAUAGAUCUAUGUCCAUGUAUUUUAAAUUGAUGUUAUCACAGUUAACACACUGCCUGCACAAAAUAACCAGUCAAACUCUCCACUCCUUGUCCUCUCCUUUGGUUUUCCAUCUAUAAAAAUGAUGUGCCAUGACAACUGGGAUUUGCAGAGAACUUCACACCUACUCAGACCGAGGUGUGAAAUUCAGUAUGUAACUUUACACUUAAGCUUUCUCAGCCAAUGCAACCCAAGGACACUAAUAGCAUAUACACUCCAUGCUAAAUGAGAAAUUUGUUUGACCGAACCAAGAAGAUUCAAAUAAAGAAGAUUCAAAUAAAGGACUCAACAGGCAAGAUCAAAGUUUGAAGUUCAUUUAAGCAGGGAUUAGUGCAUGAUAGAUCAGCCAUAACAAGCAGAGGUAUCCAAAUCAGCAGGGAAGAGAUAGAGUCCAACUAACUAAACAGGUCGAACACUUACUAAACACAGACGAGGAAAUGCUGGUACAGUAAAAUACACACAAGGAGAGGCGGUAACAUGACAGGUGGAGCACAUUAGGGUAUCAAGGGAACAGGAAACACAAGGGCAGGAAGUCAGUGGACCUGAACCAGGAGACAUCACCAGGUAAGUCACAAAAGGAAACUUACUGCCAACUCUAAAUUGCCCACAGUGGGGCCCACAAUGUCCCUCACUGGAACCCAGGAGCAUGCUAUGGGUCCACCAAAUAGUGAUAACUAUGACCCCUGCACUGAAAGGUUAGCAGUUCCCAUACCCUGUACACUGGACCACCAUUGAUGAACAAGAGAGGAGGAGGAGGUUUGAAGAGCUUACCUUAACAGGCUUGAUAUGGCUCACAUAGAAGGCAGGAUGCACAUACAUGGUCUCUGGGAGCUUGAGCUUCAGGGAACAGGAUUAAUAGCUUUGGAUAUAGGAAAUGGAAGUCAAACCUGUUGUCCACAGGGGUAAGAAGGUGAAGGGGUAAAUAGAGGGUCCUAGUACUCCAUUUUACAAAGGAGACAUCUGCCGAGCUUUAACCCAGAUCUGCCAACAAUGAUAGACCAGAGCUAUGGCAGAUGGCACAGAGAUGUGAAGAGAGGGGGCUAGGAGCCAAAACACUCUCAAAGGAUAAUAGAGCAAGGUUUUAUGUUCAUAUUCAACCCUAAUAAGGUGUUCACUCCAGGAACUGGGAUUCUGGGAAGCCAUGCAUUGCCACAUAGACUCUCAGUUUGUGGGUGAGCCUCUCUAUUUGUUUACUGAUUUGUGGAUAAUGACCAGGCUGACUAUAACCCCCAGGAGCAGGCAGAAUUCACUCCAAAAUCUUGCCGCAAACUGUGGACCCCGGUCCUAGACAAUAUUUCAGGUGAAACUAUGAACAUGGAGAUCAUGUGACAGCAGGACCUUGGGCUGUUUCCUUGUCUAGGAGUUAUUUGGGAAGAGGACUCUUAAUCCAACCCACCAUCAUCUGGACAGCAGUGUUACCUUCAGAAGAAGGAAGUCCAGUGACAGAAUCCACUGAGAUGUUAGACCAGGGCCUGUAAGGCACUGGGACUGGAUGUUUUGAUACCUGGGUGGCAGAACAGUUGAGAGGCAUGGACCCAGUGUAUAACCUGAGCCUGUCAAUGUUGGGGCACAAACGGGAGGACACUCAGUGGAAAUUACAGCAUUAGCAUUAGCUCUUCAUACCUUUGUUCAAUCAGGGUUCAGUACAGUAGAUCAAUCAAGAACAGACUCAGAUAUCAAAUCAGCGGAAAAGAGUCAGAGUCCAUCUAACUAAACCGGUGAAACACCUACUGAACACAGACGAGGAAAUGUUAAUACACUGAUACAGAGAACAAGACAAACUGGCUCAGAGGGAAGGAGAAAAUGAGCGAACAAAAUAGGUUAACCAAAAGUGAAAUGUGCUGAUUAUAGAUGGUGCAGCCAUGAGGUCUAUCACUUAAAUAGGCAAUGCCACUUCAAAUGUUUUACACUUUUUCUAUUUUUUUUUUCUCUGCCAUUGGCACCUCAGUAUAUUGUAGUUUCUCCCUGAAUCUCUGUGAUCCUGGAUUGUAGGGCUGGGCAAUAUGGCCUCAGAAUUAUUUCUCAACAUACAGUAGGUGACAGUAUAAACAAAACAACUGUGAACUACAUUUUAACAGUGAUGGCAUUUUGCAGUCAGCAACAUUUGUUGUUGCAAAUAAAGGAAGAGCAUUGUCUAUAAAAGCAUUAGCUUCUUUGUGCACCUUCAAAUGUGGGUUUACAAAUCUACCUGCCAAUCUUCAUGAUAUGGCACAUGUGAAUAAACAGGGCUAAGAAUAUUCAGGUAAUAGGUUAUAUUAAAAAGAAAAUAUUUCAACUUCUUGAUGAAGUACUGCAAAGAUCAUGUUAAAAUGUGUUCAUGAUCCCUGAAGCUCCACGCAGCCUCAUUUUCAAUGACCCUGUAAAGAGUUAUUAUAUUUAAAGUUGCUCCUUUGAUUCCCUGUCAGAGUUCCAGCUGCUUCUUUUAAACAUUUUCAGCUUUUUUAAAGGCACACGGUGAGUAUUAGAGACUCUGCCUUUAACUGAAGUUACAUGCAUGUUAUUGCAGUUUUUUCGCCACUUCAAUAUCUUUCUCUCCACACAGGACUUUGUCAUCUACCUUCUUGCUGGACAAAACAUUGUGCUUGGACGGCAGAGUGAUGCUGCAGACGGAUCAAAGCCUGAUAUCCCCCUCUUUGCUGCUGACAUCCUCCCGAGACACUGCUAUUUUCACCACUUCAGCGCUAACAGCCCCACCAUGCUGGGCCCCUGUCGGGACGCCAUGGUCACAAAAAAUGGCGAGGUUCUGAGAGGAGAGGUGCAGCUUAGCGCUGGAGAUGUCAUCGGGCUGGGCCAGAGUUACCUCUUUCUCUUUAAGGAUCCUUUAGACCUGACACAAAAGGUAAGACUGAGAUGAUAAGGGACAAAAAGGGGAUGGACUCAUUAAUAAUAGUAAUGAUAACAAUAAUUAUAAUGAUAACUUUAUUUUAAUAGAUAAAGAAGAAGCAGAAACUCAGAUGUAUAACUGAGUGAACAGUUAACAGUCAGGCCAGACCGAGAGAAGUAUAGAAAGUUCAAAUGCAUAAAUAGAAAUGCUUCACCAAGAAUUAAUGAGAAAAAAUGCAAAUAAACAGAAUAACAGUCAUGAACAGAGGCAGAAGAGUGUAAAGCAUCAAGGAACUAAAAAUAGAGGUGAAAAUAAAAGAAGAGAAAAAGGUGUGAAGCAGUUAAAACAAAAAACUAUUAAAGCUCCAGUAAGGAACAUUUUCCUGGUUAUAAAACCAACUCAUGUUAUAAAUACUUAUUCUAUCCAACGUACUGAAUCAUAGCAGGCUUAUAAAGAAGAUUAUUUAUUUAUUUUCAGCUCUUUUUAAAGCCUGGUAGGAGGUAGGCACCAGGUAAAGUGAUUGACAAAAUACAGCAGAAAUAGCCACCUUUACAUUUCCCACUGCAGGGUCCCUGAUGCAUACAGUGAUGGUGAUUCAGAGUUGGUCUUUUUAGAGGGUCCCUCGAUAAUAGUUUUUGUGUCUUGAACAAUGUCAGUGUCAAAAUAUUCAUAAUGAACAGAUGUAAUAUCAGGUAUGUUCAAAAUGUAGCAGAAAUGUAGUGAUGGGAUAUGUGCAGAGGUCAUCUGAGAUGAACGGAAACGCCUAUGCAUAGGCGUUUUUGCUUAUUUUAAAGAUAUUUUAGAUUGAUAAAGAAUGCCAAAUAGUCAAUUUUGGGUAAAAGUGAGUAGCUCAUCCUUUUUGUAUCAGAUUAAACUGUUUCCAGCAUCCUAAUACCAAAAACAUGCUGAAGAUGAAUGCUUUAUACUCCUGUCUCCUUCAAUGUGACAGACAGAGUCUAUUUUAAAGCUAACAGCAUAUAAACAAGGUGGGAACUCUGUGCAAGAGUUUCUGAUUAUGAAUUUUGAAAAGAAGAAUAUUUCCAUAAUUACCUGUUUCUUUCUGUAGCUGCAAGUAUGAUUUUGAGAAUGUUAGAAGUGAUAUUUUAUACAGCAGAGAAACCCUCAACAAGGUAAAAAUCUGGAUUAAUUCAGUUUCCAUGUUGUUUUUGUAAGAACCAGGGUGAUUGAUGUAUGUGACACCAGAGAGGAGGGAGUUAAAGCAGAGAGCAUGAAUGAUAUCUUGAGUCUGAUAAAGUCAUCCCUCAUGAUCUUGUGUCUCUGUUUUUAAAAGAAGGAAGUGAACUCUUCUGGUUUUGGACCCAUCUUGGCCAUCAUCCCCUGGAUGCUGGAUCAUACCAUGUCUACCCCAACAAAAAGCAAUGAUAUGAUCCUCUGCAACACCUGCAUCACAACCUGCACUGACCUCCAGAGCUCCAGCAGCAAACAGUCUCUAAACCAGGGACAACCCUUUUUAAGAUCCCCCAAAGGCCAUAUCCUGACAGUGAAAUAUGAGACCGUGGACGAGUAUCGAAUCAUUAAGGAGAUUGUGGGGAUGGGAAGAGGCAGCACCAAAGACAAACCACCGCUCACUGUCUCCUUCCUGCUGUGUCUGUGUGUUCAGUUUUCAUCUGCAAACCUUCACACAGCUGACCUGCGCAGGCUGCUGCUGCUCAUCGCAAGUGGAGUCCAGAGUGCCAUGUGGGUGAGUUUUGGGGCCAAAGAGUCAAAGAGAGCAUCAAGAAAAGAAAAGUUUCUGAAGAAUACCACAGAGCGUAAGCAAAAUGGAGGUUCAAAUUCACCUGAGACAGCACAGCGACCUUUAAAAGUUACAGGUGCUUCUUUUGUGCCUGAAAUAACAGGCUUAAACUUUGUGGGCUAAAAGACCACUCCUACACUCCCUCUUUGCUGCAGGGUUAUUGUAUUUAUCAUUCAGGGACAAACUAUAUCCAACUAAGAUAUCUUUCACUGUUUGUUGCUGUCCUUUGACAGCCCAGAUAAAAACUGGCUGAUAACAAUUAGAGCUGGGUGAUGAACCGGAUUUCAGUCCCAAUAGACAAUCAUUUCAUUGUAUUAGAAAUGUGUAAAAAUGAGAGGAAUGCACAUUAUAAACUCUCAGAAUAUUUUAUUGUCUAAUAAAUGUGCCCUCGAAAUAUCACGAAAGCUCCAGACUUUAGAACAGAGUUUUGCUGGUCUAUGGUGCAGACUCUCUGUGCCCCCAUAGGCAUAGAUGUGAGUGCAAGUUCAUUAACUGAUGAGAUACAGUCAUCUGGAUCAUAACAAACCUUAAGUCCACAGAGAACACAGACUUUUCAGUUAAUAGGAUCUGAAUAGCAAAAGGUGGUCAUGUGAACCAUCUACCAUCAAAGAUAUGAUACAUUAAAGUUAGAUAUCCUAAAACUAGUAAUGGGAGAUGAUAAGACAGUCCUGAUGCAGAGAGUUUCAGGACAAUCUGAUUAACACUGUGGGAUUCAAUGCAAAGGAUGAUACUGUACUUCAGUAAGUUCACUAUUCAGAUAAAAUGAAGACCAUACUAUCUGUCUGUUUCAGGUGUAGAGUACAGCACUCCUAGAAUCCACUUCAAUUAAUGUAGACUAGGUCUAUCAGUCUACAGCUGGAUAUCUUUGGCUAAAGUGUCAGUUAUUACGUCAGCAGGGCAUAAAAAUAACACAUAACCACGGAUACUUUUAUGGACAAAGAUAAGUACCUUCUUCUUCAUGUAGAGAGAAAAUUUCUUUUUUGAUAGAUGUGUCAGGUGUGAUUGAGGCAUAACCUUUUUUUGUGUUUCUGCUGUCCUUAACUUGGACCAGACACAUAUUUAUCUAACCUGUCCUUCUCACAUGAUAAAGUUUGUUUGGUGGACUCUUAAGGGUUUUAUUGUUGUCAUGCAGGAUCACACAAAGGAACUGGCUGCAGCUCAACCUGAACCGUAAGCACACUAAGAUCAUUUUCACCAUCAGUCAACGAUGUGACCGUUCAAAGACGACUUCACAGAUCUCUGUUUCUGUGUUACAGUCAAAGUAGUGAAGGCUUAAACCACGAGGACCUUCAGGAUCUCGCUCUGCAUGAAGUGAUGUCAGGACUGCGCCCCCUGGUGGUGUGGAUGUCAAACAGCCUGGAGCUACUGCAUUUUAUCCAGUUCCAACUGCCUCUGAUUCUUGAGUGGAGGACACGAAAGGAUCUGGGACUGGAGGAUGAGGAGAACAAGGAGGAUGAGGAGAACAAGGAGGCAGAGAGCUGGGGUUAGUUGGCUACUGGGUUGUAAAUUUGAUACAAAGUGUAGUGGUGUUACUUUACGAAAAGCUGAGUUACACCUGAGCCUCUUUAUAUGGGAUACAGUACAGGCCAAAAGUUUGGACACACCUUCUCAUUCAAUGUCUUUUCUUUAUUUUUUUAUAUGAAUAUUUACAGUGUAGAUUAUCACUGAAGGCAUCAAAACUAUGAAUGAACACAUGUAGAAUUUUGUACUUAUAAAAAAAGUGUGAAAUAACCGCAAACAUGUUUUAUAUUCUAGUUUCUUUAAAAUAGCCAUCCUUUGGUCUUGAUGACAGAAGUACCUUGUCAGGGUUACUUCAGGCACUCCUGUGAAGUAAAAACCAUUUCAGGUGACUACCUCAUGAAGCUCAUUGAGAGAACAGCUAAAGUUUGCAGUGCUAUCAAAAAAGCAAAGGGUGGCUACUUUGAGAAAUCUAAAAUAUAAAACAUGUUUUCAGUUAUUUCACACUUUUUUCUUAAGCACAUGAUUCCACAUGUGUUCAUUCAUAGUUUUGAGAAUCUACUAUUUAAAUAGUAAUGAAAACAAAGAAAAUGCAUUGAAUGAUAAGGUGUGUCCAAACUUUUGGCCUGUACUGUAUAUUGAAAUAUAUGUUACUGCAGGUUGUGGUGGCUUAGGGCUCCCUAUUGAAAAUGUUGAUCACAAACUUUGACUCCCAAAUAGGGAUACUAAAUUCAAGGUUUUAGGGAUGUAGAAAAAGGUAACACACGAAACAAGUUAUCCAAAUUUAAUUUUUAUUUUUAUUAAGAAAAGGUUUAUUUUCAAACAUUUAUCCAAUUCCAUUAACAUUAAGCAAUACAAUCAAACAUGUCGAUUCACAUCAGAGUUGUGUGGCAUCCAAAUCAAUGAUAACAUUGCCUGUUAGGUUUUAAUCGGAGUGUGUGUUUUUUUCUGUGAUUUUCAGCACUGUUGGAGCUUCGUCUGUCCUGUGUCCGCUCAGCCAGUGAGGAGACGUUAGCUGUCCUGGAGGAGGUUUUGUUGCUCGCCUUCCAGCAGUGUGUCUACUACAUCACCAAGGUGAGAGGAUGAUAAAGCACACAGUAACAAAGUGAAUGUCAGUGACUUAAUGUUGUGCUACAUGCCUUAAAACAGACUGACCUUUAGCAAACCAAAGGGUAGAGUAAGUUACCCCAACUGAAACUGGACUUUCAACAUACAGUGCAUCUGGAAAGUAUUCAUACCACUUCACUUUUUCCACAUUUUGUUAUGUUACAGCCUUAUUCCAAAAUGGAUUAAAUUCCUUUUUCCCUCAAAAAUUCUACACAAAAUACCCCAUAAUGACAAAGCGAAAAACCUUUUUUAGAACAUUUUGCAAAUUUAUUAAAAAUAAGACACUCAAAUGUUGCAUAUACGUAAGUAUUCACACCCUUUGCUAUAAAACUCAAAAUUGAGCUCAGGUGCAUCCUGUUUCCACUGAUCAGCCUUGAAAUAUUCCUCCAACUUGAUUGCAGUCCACCUGUGGCAAAAUCAGCUGAUUGGACAUCAUUUGGAAAGCCACACCUGUCUAUAUAAGAUCCCACAGCUGACAGAACACGUCAGAGCACAAACCAAGCCAUGAAGUCGAAAGACAAAAAGUCGAAAGUUGUAUCGGCACACAGAUCUGGGGAAGGUCACCGAAAAAUAUCUGCUGCAUUGAAGAUCCCAAAAAGCACAGUGGUCUCCAUCAUUAAGAAAUGGAAGACGUUUGGAACCACCAGGACUCUUCCCAGAGCUGGCCGCCCAGCCAAAAUGAGCAAGCAGGGGAGAAGGGCCUUGAUCAGGGAGGUGACCAAGAACCCGAUGGUCACUCUGACAGAGCUCCAGCGUUCCUCUGAGGAGAUGGGAGAACCCUACAGAAGGACCACCAUCUCUGCAGCACUCCAUUGAGUAAAGGGUGUGAAUACGUAUAUGCAACAUUUGAGUGUCUUAUUUUUUAAUAAAUUUGCAAAAUGUUCUAAAAAAAAGUUUUUUUUGCUUUGUCAUUAUGGGGUAUUUUGUGUAGAAUUUUUGAGGGACAAAAGGAAUUUAAUCCAUUUUGGAAUAAGGCUGUAACAUUAAAAAGCAGCAUUUAUCUAAAGAGAAAUGGAAUAAAAUAUGGAUGGUGGUGUAAAAUCAUCUGAAUAUAAAAAUCUUUAUGCUUUUAGCUCAACAUGAAUGUUUUUGAUCCACACAGGAGUGGGUUUCCUUCUAAAGGGGGGAUAUUCACCACCAUUUCUCUACCAAGGAUGUAGGGAUUAUGGGAUUUAGGGUUGAAUGCAAUGGUUAUAGUAUAGUGUAGCCCAUAGCUGAUUUCAAUAUCAGUGUUGUUUUACACAUUCUUCAUUAUUCUUUUUGUCCUUUUUCUAAUGAGCUGAGAUUUGAUGUAUUAAAUUCUUUUCCAGCAGACCUUAGUUUUGAAAUUGUCACAGAAACAAAAAGGCAUGUUGCUAUUAAAAGAAAGUUUUCCCUCUCCAAUUUCCUCGAUUUGCCAAGUGCUACAAAGCUCCAAACCAGCUGUUUUUGUUAGAGCCAGCAACAUAACACUUGUUAUGGUUCAAUAUGAAUCAACAGUAGGUGGUUGGGUUUGUGGUUGGUUGGUUGGUUGGUUGGUUGGUUGGUUGGUUGGUUGGUUGGUUGGUUGGUUGGCUGGAUUUUUAGUUAGUUGGUAGUUUUUUUUUUUUUUGGUUGGUUGGUUUCUUGGUUUGUUCUCAUACACUUCUACUAUUUCCUUGAUUAUUUUAGCAUAAAAACAAACCAGACCUUAUCCCACAGGUAACAUCUUUUGCCAAAUACAAGCCUCUUCUUUUGAAUCAGCAGUUUGGUGUACCAGCUUACAAGCAUUCAGCCACUGUGACACACAGAAUAAACUGGUUCCUGAUGUUAGUCAGAGGGCUAAAUAUUAGCAGAUAUUUAUUACAGCACCUUAGUUUUAUCUUUGUUUUUUCACCCUUCAACUGGUGGUUACCUCAGACAUCUGUGUAAAGAGUGAAGAGCAGUAAGAGCUGAAAAUAAACAAACAAACAAAUUAUUUAAACCUUUUCUUUACUCUCAAGAUCAUCAGCCCAGACUGCAGCUUCAUGUGAAAAGCAGUACAACUGACUGGCAUCCAAUGUGGCUAAUACACUAACAUGUAUGUGAUACAACCUAACCUCAAAAAUACUGAAAUAUCCCUUUAGAAUUAGCCAUAUUCACCUGGCAGGUGAAAACAGAUGUCUGGUUUUGAGAUAUAAUACACCAAAUUUGAGACUUAUCAGGUGGAUAUGUUUUAGAUUAAGCCAAUUGAGAGAGUUAACUUGAAAUAAAUCAAGGACACUGGCUUAUUUGAAAUGUUUGCAGUGUGGCUGAGCAGUCUCCUGCAACAAACCAAACACAUCCAUAGAUUAAAAAAUAAACAAAUGGGGUCCAGGUUUUAAAAAGACAGAAUUACCCUUUAAGCCUCACUGUCUCACUGUUAUGGCCAAUGGAGAGCAGACAAGUCAGGCUUGUUUAGCAGCUCUCUCUGUUUGUCUGUUCAUGAUUCUGAUGUGAGGUUCAAGAAAAGAAAAUAAUCACAGAAGAAAGAGCCCAGUGAGCCUUUCAGACAGCUUCCUAAUGGACCAACCAGCCACUGUGUGAGACCACAGUGAGGGCAUUAUGGCACCAGAGGGACAGGACAUCAGUAUGUGUGUGUGGUGUGUUCAGACUUAGAGUUAUGUAUGGGGAAGACCAAAUUGGGGAUCUCCACUGCUGAAUAAGACCCAGCACAAGAUCAUUUUUGUUUUACUUACUUGAAGAUACGGUAAGACCAACUAAUGAAAGUUAGAGUAAGCAUCCUUUUCGACUAGAAAUCGGAAAAAAACUUUGGAUAUUAUUUUUGUGACACUGAUUUCUUGAACAGAACCUGAACUUGAGUUUUGAAGUCCAACAAUGGUGGUCUCCAGAGAAGCUGGUCUUGGAUAAGUUUUAACAUUAUUUCCUCUUUGUAUGGUUCAGUUUUAACCUGCAUUUGUGGAUGCAGCGAUGAAGUGUUUUGAUACACACAAUGUUUUUGGGAGAGAUUUCAGGCCCAUGCAGAGUCUUCCACUUGAGAGUCCUGUCUGUUUUUAAUGCAGUGCCGCCUGAAGAUCUGGACCAUCCAGUCUUUGUCCCUUUAGUACAGAGAUUUCUCCAGAUUCUCUGAAUCUUUGAAUGAUAUCAUGUUCUGUUGAUGAUGAAAUCCACUCAUUCAUUCACAUUUGACACUCAGGAACAAUAUUCUGAAACUGUUGAACUAUUAGCUCACACAGUCUCUCACAGAGUGGUGAACCUCUUCCCAUCUUUCCUUCUGAGAGACUCAACCCAUCUAAACGUCCUUUUUAUACCCAGUCAUGCUACUAACCUGUUGGACAUUCACCUCAUUAUUAGUUAGGAGAUGUACCUUUAAGGUGUUUUUAAACUUUAUACAACUGUUUCAGUGUUCCUUGGAUCUACACUACAGAAAUACUUUGGGAAUAUAAAAGUUUGAAAUAAGCAAACAUUAAUACAAAAAAAAUGUAUAUUUGCAACACCUGAUAUUUGGACUUUUGCACCAUAUCCAAUUCAUUAUCCAAAAAGGAGUUCUUUUUUUCUGGUACUUCACUUAUUAUGGUAAUAACAACAUAAUAAAGUAUUUAUUAAUCCUUACAUGGUAUAAAUCUUAACCUUUUAUAGUCUUAAUUAUGUUUAAAAACCAUCUUAUCAAAGUUGAUUAGUGCUCUUUUGAUUUUUUUCCGGAGUCCAGUGUCUGCUUUGGGGCUGUUAAUAAGUAACAAUUAAUGACUGUUAUGAGCUAAAUAACUGCUCGUGAAAGUUAUAUUAAUACUGAUGAGCAUCUUUAGAAAUCCUAAGAGCUCUGUACUAUAAUGUAAAUGAGUUUCCCACAUUUGCGUUUAGAGCUAAUAAUACAUUUGUUAAUUUAUCAUUUUUUGACUCUUAAAAAGUCUAAUUAAUGUUAAUUAACAUUCUAUUAAUGUGUAGUACAGGCUGAUAAACCUUAGACAAGUUAUUAAUGAAAACCUUCAAGUGCAUUUCAAGAAAUAAUGAAUAAUGCUUUUUAACACUAAAGAACAAUUAUCCAUGUUUUUAAGCAUCUCACCUGGCCCUAAAUAUGUUUUUAUUCAUGCUUAUUACAGAGGUCUUAAAAUGUUUUCUUUCUGGAUGGAAAUUUUUGUUUUUUUGGGGAGGAGAUUAACAUUGCUGCCACACUGAGAGGCUGCCUGCAGUGUUCAUAAAUUAGUCUGACUGAUUGAUUGUUCGCGCUCUAUACAGUCACUUCUCUGUUGGAGGUAAACUGUGAGUGAUGAUUGGUUGAUAUCCAUCCAUCAAAUAGAAGUGAAUAUUCUUUCCUGCAGCACCUCAUCACUCCCCAUAAUGAGAAAAAUACUUCUAGGUCUGUUAAGUUCAAAGGUUUACUGACACCACAGGGCUUAUGGGUAAUGAAGUCCUUGAAACUCCUCUCAUGUUUCCUGUAAAGACUCCCUGUCUCUUUAAGUUAAUAUCAUGGCUUUGUUUCUUUAUUAUAUUGUGCAGUUCCUUUUCACUGCUCUGUCUCAGAGAGGUUUCUGGAAAAAGAAAAUUGGAUUUCAUCGUAGCCACAGAUUUUCACUGCAGCACCACACCCAUUACAUGGAAGUGUGCCGGGAAAGUUUCAGACACAUUUUGAGUCGAGCUGGGUGGGUGUGGGUGAAAAGACCAUCCAGAAAACUGUCAUGAGGAGAUUGGCUUGUUUUUUGCUCAGACAAUCUUACAUUUCCUCCUCAGACAGAGGCUGAACCAGACAUGAUAGCUGUGCUGCAUGUCUCUCAGACUCUCUGCUGUAGCCCCGCCAGUGACCUGGAUGCUCCAAACCACCAAGGCCCUGAAGUCAAAGGAAGCCAUGUUUAAUAUUGAGCCACAUCAGAGACCCCAUUAUUGCAGCACUGGCCUGUUAGCAGCAGCCAAGCCAAGGUCUCACAUGUCCUGCCAGUUUAAUUCAGCUGGACUUUGCCCCUGAUGUGUCAGAUUUGGGGGCAACUUUUCUGUGAGUUUCCCAUCAGGAAGGAUGUCACUGAUAUGGCAUUUAUGUCCAAAGAGGAAACUAUAGGAAUUCCUACAUAGCUGCAGCCCUGUGAGUUUCAGACAGCUCAUUUUUUACGCAUACUCAAGGAUGUGGUCGUCUAACUACCUGCCUCAAAAAGCAUUCGUUUCUCUCUGCAACUGUGCCUGAUGAACCAAAUGACUUCCAGAUGUGGUUUGUCAGUUAAUCCAUAAAUAAUCCUAAAAUUAAAAACAGUUUGCUGUGCAGGGUUUUUACUUGCUACAACUAAUAAAAGAGACAUGUACAUUACAGUCUAAGUUCAGCAGGUCUGAGAUCAGGGGUUUGUCUCUGUGGGGGACAAUAGAUCAACCACGUCACUGUGAAAUGCCAUACAAGAGGAGAUGAAAAAAUGAGAAGUGUUUUAAAAAAGGAAAGCUGAAUUACACCCUUCGCCUCCCAGAAGUUGCUGGUCUACUUCUACAUCAGUGAGGUUGUCUGUGUUUUCCUCGUGUUGGCCCAGAUCUCAAUCCUUAACGAGAACAGCUUAUCACAAAACUUACACAAACUAACCGGCUGAGGCAGUGGCUCCUUUGUUCUGUAAGAUUAAAGAAUAUUUGUUGUCUGUGGAGUUUGGCUGGUUUUAAAAAAAGCCAUGCAACACGUGUUUCUCCUUAAAAUAGAUGAAAGAUCCAUAAUCACAGAAGUAUAUCUUUGUGGGGUUUCUCACUGAAGUUGUCGGUCAUGAUUUUUAAAAAGCUAAACUUGUCAGGGGCAAAAACAGGCCUUCUAGUGAUUAAACACUUCUGUCUUUAAAGAUUAGACACAACAUUAUGACCACCUGCCAAACAGUGCUGAGGCCCCCCUCUUUAGGUCAGGUCAGGACCAAAACAGUCCUGACCUGAAGGGGUGUUGGCUCCUAUGGACCUCUGGAGAGGUGUGUUGUGGUAUCUGGUGUCAAGUCGUUAGCAGCAGACUCUUUAAGUCUCUGAAGUUGUGAGGUGGAUCAGUCUUGGUUGAGCAGCACUUCCUUCUGAUGCUGGAUUGGAUCCAGACCAUAUAGCUGCAGCCUGGAGCCUCCCCCAAGACACACUUAGAGCGAAUGUUUUCAAAAUAAAAACUUGUGUCUGGUCCAUUUGUUGUAUAUGGAAUAAGAAUUACAAGGACCCCAGACAGACUCUAAAUCCAUAAUGUAUUCAUUAUAUUUUAUCAUAUUUCAUAUUUUUUAUAUAACAUAAUAAACUUUGAAACCCUCUGAGGAAAACCUAUAAGGGAAGUUUUGAGUAUGUAAUAUCUUUUCAUACCUAUUUGACUCCAAAUUCUGCUAAACUGGAGCCUUGGUUUAUACAGAGCCCUGUUCACAUGAAGUUGGGAUGUUGUGUAGCCCAGACUGGUCUGCUUGCAGUACAGACCUGUCUCUUCUCCCAUUGAAAAUGUGUGGAGCAUUAUGAAGCGCAAAAUACAACAGGGAGCCCAGACUGUUGAGCAACUGAAGUGGUCCAUGAAUCAAAAAUAAGGUAAGAUAAGACAAACCUUUAUUCUUCCCAAAGUGGGAAAAUUGGCAGUGUGACAGCAGCAUAGGAUCAGCAGAGCAAACAUAGAAGAAGAAUACGUACACUCAUCAUGCAAACAGUGCAGAGAUAAUUACAGAAGUUAACUCAGACCUACACAAAAGAAAUUUACUUAAAAAAGGAGAAAUCUAUCCUGUUGUAGAUAUGGUCUGUGCGGCACCAGAAAUGGAAACAUGUAAAAGAAUUCAUACAAAUCAUUGUCUCUUUUAUUUACAUUUUGCACAAACAUCCCAACUUCAUAGAGGCUAGGGUUUAUACCUUUGGUUGCACUUUAGAGAGCCACUGUGUUCAACAGUCCAAAAGCAGAGUGUCUGCUGUGGGAUGUUGAAAUGUGAAGUCUCUUUCUUCAUUGCCAAAAUCAAGAUGAUUUAGGGGCAGUUUUUUCACCAAAAGACUCAACAACCAUGAUAUGUUCUUUUGUGAUGACACAACAUGAACUGUGUCAUCACUGUGUUUUAUUUUGCUCACGAGACCAGAUGUAUGACAGAGGACAAAGUAGCAGUUUUUGGUUCUUUUGUUAGUGUGUGUGUGUGUGUGUGCGUGCGUGCGUGCGUGCGUGCGUGCGUGCGUGCGUGCGUGCGUGCGUGCGUGCGUGCGUGCGUGUGUGUGUGUGUGUGUCUUGGUCUUGCAAGUUAAUCCAGGCGUGUCGUGUCAUCCAUCAUGACUGCCACUUCACAGCAGGCUCUAAUCCACAUCUUUCCUGGACUGACAGAACAGAAUUUGAGAGGAAUGUGGAGUAACCUGGCUAACGCUAGAUGAUUUACUCAAGUAUUCAUCCUUUCCUUUCACUAGUUGACAUGUUGAUUUAUGUCUGUGCUCACUGCAGCACAGCCAGUCCGACCAAGAAUUUUAAGGGAAAAUGUAAUGCUCCAUGUUCAGGCUAGUCUUUCUUUCAGUUUUUAUUAAGAGCUUUAUAAUAGAAAAACUCCUUCAAUCAAAAGUAUGCUCAACCACUAUAGUGAACGUUCAUGUUGACAUGUUGUUGCUUACCCCAAAACCUCAUGGCUCAUGGCCCAUUAUAAUCAGAAAUCAAGACUCUCAAAUUGUCAGAAUAUUCCUCUUAGAAAUAAAGAGGGAUUUCAAAUAGACAAAUGUCCCAUUUCUGAGAAGUAUGCUUGCAAACAUACUCAAUAUUUGACUGGGACUCCUUUACCACAAAUUUCUGCAUCAAUACAAUAUUGCAUGGAGUCAAAAGGAGGUCUCACCAACAAAUGAUGGGGUCACUCUGGCAAUGUUCACACUUGUUACACACUUCUGUCAGACAUGGUAGGAACGCUGGGCUUCAAUGAGAAACUCCCGUGAUCCUCCUGAAACCUUAGCAAAACAAAUAUGUUUUUCCUGUUUGUUAUUUUGCUCUCAUCUAGGACAGAAAGUGACAAAGACCUUAUAAACCCAAAGAAGUGACUCAGGUCCUGCUACUGUAAGAGCAAAAUCAAAUCCAAAUCCUCACAGAAUUAGAAACAUUAUCCAAAAUCUGUUUGUUUUGGAUAUCUUAUGCUAAUGUGGGUGUAAUUUGCUGCAGGAUAGGAAACAAAAGGCGCCACUGGUGAACAGCUAUUCCAUCUAAAGACAUGUCAUGAUGAAUACAGAGGCACUGUAACAGGCUUGUGGUCAGACUGUGUGUUUACUUGUCCAUCACAAUGAAUGGAUGCACAAAUAAGCGUAUAAAAAAUACACUCUUUUUGACUCUGGAAUAAAGCAUGCCAUGAAUGCAUGUGGUGAUCCCAGAAUGAAUGAAUGCUCUGGCUUGGCUCUGCUAAGUGAUAUUUUCCAACCAUAAAGACUGCAACAAUAUUUGACUUAAUGUUUGCCCAUUUCCAUUGUCUCAUGAGCGAUGGGAACCUUGGCUGUUGUGCUUUAAUGUUCAUGUUCUGCCUGUGGCGUCUUACAGUAGAUGUAAAACGAUCCUCUCAGGGUGGAUUCCUUCAGAAGUCCUCACUCAGCAGCCCUGUUGCAGCACCAUGCCAAGCCCACAUGAGCCAUAUUCAGCUUUUUAGGAAUGUGGAUCUUUGGCUGGCAAUGGCCUCAGAGGUUUGGUGGGUGUAGGAGUGAGAUUGAAGGGGAAGGGGGAUGUCUGUGCACGAUUAGGCCGAACAAAGCUGUCCUUGUCCAGGCACACUCUGAAGAGCAGUGAGGACCUUUGGCUGCAGCGGAGGAAAUUACAAUCUCUGCCACUCGUAUAUUUGGUUUCUUCGCCUAAUCAGCUGAGCUGUAGUGUGAGAAACACAGAGAGACAGAUAUGCAGAGGCAGUAUGGGUGGUCUAAAAUCUGCAUUAGAGGAUUACAUAUUUAGUUUAUACCCAUGAUCAGAACUUCUACCACACGUCAUUAACUUUUCCAACCUCAAACUGACCCACAGGAAUCAUCAACCAUCUCUAGUUCCACAUGGAUGAGUGAGUCACCCUCAAACUGAGCUGCAGAGUUCCCCCUAAACUGCAUUAAUUCUUUGUCAUCAGGUUCUCUAUCCCAUCCUGCCGGGCCUUCUGGACUGUAACCCAUUCAAGGCAGGCUCUGAACUGGAGGUGUCUGUCGAUGCUACUCAAGUCCUGGGAAAGAGUAGACUGCAGGUUCCUGCUGAAAUCCAGCAGCUCGUGGAGGUUCUGACUGAGACCUGGAAACUACUGUCAGACUGUCAGCUCCAUGCAGAGAUUUCCUCACAGCUGAUUGGCUAUCUCUUCUACUUCAUCAAUGCAUCACUCUUCAACUCACUAAUGGAGAGAGGUACCUGUGCAUCACAUUCAUGCAAGCUCACUGCAAGAAAACAAGAUACAGAUUAAGAAACAAAAUCAACGAGACCACAUGUUACCAACAGGACUCGCUUCCUUGUUUGUUGCAUUGAUGCAAGACUAGGAGGUUUCAGAGAUUACACAAUGGCCCCAACACCAGCUCAUACUCCUUUUACAGUAACCUGUAAAACAUUUCCCCAAUGACAGAUCAUAUCUAUCAUUAGUGUAAAGUUUUGUCUUGAUACAGCAGACUCAGUUAUAUUUAUGCAGCCUCUCUCUCCCUGUUAUGACUCCAGACAACAAGAGUAAAAAUACCAAACUUAAGUUCUCAAGGACCACCCAAGAUGAUCCUGCAGAUCUAUGACUUGAUUAACGAGCUGACUGUAAAGAUGACUCUCUCCUCAUGUGAACAAAGGCUCCGAGCGAAGCUUCUAUCAGUGGUCCAGGGGCUUUCAUAUGCGGUCCAAUCUCAACUUCCUCCUGGACUGGGCCCACACAGCUGGACUGGGAGAACUGGCCUUGAAGCAUACGCACACUCUUUCAUCCGCAAUUAAUCUGCUGGCUACACCCCGAAAGAAUUUACUACAGGUAAAACAAACACACACGCACACAUAGACAGGGAGAGGAAUUAACCAAUCGCAAAGACUCACAGUCACAUAAAAACCUGAUGAUUAAGAGGAGGGAUUUGACCUUUACAUGGACUAGUUACCAGUUUGGAGGUUCUCCACUGUCACACACAGAGUCUGUCAGGGGUAACUUUAAUAAAAAACUUUUUACCGGCAUGAGGUCCAGACACAUGUGGUGGUUGAUGACCUCUGUCUGACCUUGACCCUUAUACAAUGAAAUGCUGGGGCUGAUGAAUCAGGUGAGUUAGCAUGCAUGAUAGGAGCAAAUGCAGGUUGGGAUAAGUUAUGCAGGACUGAGCAUGAAAAGAUUUUUGUUCCUGGGUGAACUUAAGUGAUGUUUCAUGCAUCUGAAGGACUUUUCAAAAGCCAGCCCCCCUAUUUAUGGAGCAACGGAGUCCCCCUGCUGGCCACUAGACAAAAUGCAGUUGGAGGCACUUGGGCAUUGUUUUGCUGUUUCCAUGUUUUUGUGAUAAGACAGUAAAUGGAGUGGGAAACUAAAGGAAAGGGUGGAAGAUGACAUGGGCUGAGGGGCCACUUGCUUCAAUGGCUUAAGCCACAUUAACUGCUAAAACCAGUGCCACAACUAUGUUCACCUCUAUGUGCAAUCUAUGAAGCACACAGCACAAGUACAAGUAAAUUAAUCAAUUAUCUCUGUGAGGUAGAAAAUCAGUCAAAACUGAUCACUAAAAUCCAGAGAAGUUUUAAGACUGUUUGCUGAGUAUAAAGGUCCCACCCAUCUUUACAUUCCUACAGAGUAGACAGUUUACCUGUGUUUACCUGUGCUUGUCUGUGCAGAAAUCAUGGGUGACCCUGCGAUCAGAGCACCGUGCCCUGAGCCCAGCCCAGCUAAACCACCUGCUGAGUCUGUACAGCCCAGCAUCCCCCUUCAAACACACCUGGACUCCAUCACUUCUGGACCAGGCUGCAGCACAGAAAACUGGUAAGUGAUCAAGAUACUGGCUAACCGUGAUCUCUAUAAUCCGUCUCGAGAAACCAGAGGUUUCUCAUCUAUAUUUUCUAUUUGUUCCUUGUUCUUCUGUUUGAAUGUCUUUUCUCAGAUGACAUCUUGGAGAGUUUUGACACCCAUCAUCCUCUGGUGCUGCCAGACAGCAGUUACCAGUUCCAACUGAGGAGUGAGAUAAUAGACUUGUACUUGACAGAACAGUUGGACAAACUCAAAGAGUUUAUCGCAACCCUCUCUGGCUCAAAGUACGACGUGGUCAAUGCAACUGACGAGGAAAAGGUAUAAAAGUGCCUGCCGUGCCUUUAGAUUUAUACCACACAUGAAUUGUUGUGUGAACAAAAAUAAAAUACUGAUAUACUGAUGUUUUUAUGCUUGCAACUCAAACGUUGUCCAAUCAGCAAAGACAGUACCAUGAAGGCUAAUAGACCUUUGAUUUCCUCUUUUAAAAACUUCGACAGAUGCAUUUGUAAAAACAACAACUCACAUUUGGAUGGUAUGAAAAGGUUAAUGCACCAGGAGAACAUUGUUUGUGUUUAGUUUCAAAGCCCCACCCUUCUUGCACUUUUACAAUUUUUCACUCAGACACUGAGGAGUGAGGGGAAAAGUUAAAUGACUGGGUAUAAGAAGGACCUUCAGAGAGGCUGAGUCUAUUAGGAGGAAAGAUGGGAGGAGGUUCACCACUCUGUGAGAGACUGCAAGAAAAUUGUUCGACAGCAUCCCACAGCGUAAAGUUACAGGGAAUCUGAGGGUUUCAUCAUCUACAGCAGACAAAGCAGACAUGACUUGGAAGUGGAAUGCACUACACUGGCUAUAUAUAUAUAUAUAUAUAUAUAUAUAUAUAUAUAUAUAUAUAUAUAUAUAUAUAUAUAUAUAUUUCCUGUAAACAGUUUGUUAAUGCAUUCAUUAACACAGGUUAAAGCUGUGCUACACCAAGAGGAAAUUUGUAGCUCUGUAGGAGAAGAGUCCUACUGGUCAUCACCCAUUAAAAAGAUAGCUUGGUGCAUCAUAACAAAAAAUAAAUGAAGAAAUACAAUCCUUCCAUUAGGCGGCAGGAGUCUUACUUAAGGAAACUGUUUUUUAAGUCACAGCAAAGAUGUUUCCUCCAGCUAAGCUGAAUUUCUUGAUAAUGUUUUCUCUCCAGGUUGGUACCAGUCCUACAGAGGUCAAACUGGCGAAGAUGGACAUCCAUCCAGGGAUUAUUCAGGAAACAUUGGAUAAAUCAUCCACUGAGAUAUUCUUGUCUCAGUCUACUCUCCACGACUUCCAGUCCCCCUCCUCUCCCUCUGCUGCCUUACCUCCCUCACCCCCUUCACCAUGUUCUCCCUCCUCCACCCAGUACUUUAAUGAGAUCAGCUCCUGUGGUGCCCUCCUUUUGUCCCAUAAACUCAAAAAUCUGGAGAUACAGGGCAGAGAGACAGACUCAGGUUCUAUACGGAGGUCAGCUCUGGACCCGUCCUGUCUACCCACUCCACCCAACACCCCCCACAUCAUUCACCCCAUAGAUCUGGUUAAGGCAGAUAAGUGGGUGAGGGGUGAGAGUGAGACAGUUCCCUGGUCCUCUGGUGCAGAUUCUCAUGACAAAGGUAAAGUACAGAGAUAAAUCACUGCUCAAUGUUUAUAAGAAGUAUAACACAAACUGAUCAUGCCCUGUUUUCUUUCGUGUUAGGGGGACUGGUGUUUGAAUGUCUCUCUGCUCUGAAAACGGACUCUUUUCGAUCAGAGUACCCAAGUUUGAAGAGAUUUGUUAAACUUAAAGAAGAAGAGGAGAGGCAGGUGGAGGAAGAGGUUAGCAACCAUUAUGAUGACGAUGAUUACGAGCUUUUCAGCGUAGAGCUGGAGCGAGGUGCAUGUGGAGUUGGACUUGCUCUGAUUGACACAAGGGUAAGUGAAAGAAAUGUAUACAAGUGCACAAAGCAAUGUCAGUCCUUUCUGAUCUAAUUCUGUACUAAUGUAAGUGGUGUUUUCAGAUGACCAGUUUCUUUCUCUCAACCUUUUAACCAUCACUUACUUGAACGCUAAACAGGAGGUUGUUUGUGCACCUCUGGCUAGUCAAUGCACAAGCCCCCUGUACGGAGGUUAUUCACAAGUCGUUUUUGCAACAUGCAAGUCAUUGCUUUGACUGACACUAACUUAAUGAGUGUUAUAACAGGCCUCAACUACAUAGUUGAUCAUUGAGACUCAUUUGUUUUCUAUAUGUUGGGUCUACUCAUACCCUGAGUAUGAGUAGACCCUGCAGGUCUACAUAGCCCUGCCUGGAAUGCACCUCCUUAAAAAUGUAAUAAUGUGUCGAAACAAUGAAACUCCCUGAUUGAGCAAGACAGAGCAACAGAGCAAGAAUCAACAACAAUACAGAUGAUACUGGUAAGAUCAGGCACAGUGUUAAAAGGAGGAGCAGGAGUGGAGGUAGGUUGCAGAGGAAGUAGGGUAGGCAGGCCAAAGCAGAACAUUCAUUUCCACAUUUGCCAGUUGAAUGCGUAGAUGGUAACCUGUUUAGUUGUUAGCUAAUAUAUGCUGGUGUUAGAAUCAGCUGAUGCCUUGUGAGCUAUCAUGAUAAUUAGUUUGAUAAAUAAAUGUUAAAGAGUAGAGGCUCAGCUUAAAACCUCCUGCUGUUGUCAUGUCGUCUUCAGGACACGUCUUUGAAGGUGAAAGGCGUCUUCAUCCGCGCAGUGGUCCCAGACUCACCUGCAGCCCACAGUAAGAAGCUGCAACCAGGAGACCGGAUCCUAGCUGUUAAUGGAGUCAGUCUGUUUGGACUAGACUACCAGAGGUGUGUAUUUUUUCUGAUAUUAACCCAACUUUCCUACCAAUCACUCAGCUGUAUCAAAUACUUGGUUCUGAUAGGUCAAAACCCCUUUGACGAUGUUUAUUAAUUCUGAGCUCACUCCAGAGGAAACUUGUUAAAACAUUACACAUAUUAUUAGUUCAUCAUUUCACCUCCUCUUGUUGACUAUGUGACAAAAAUGUUACUUUCUCAAAGCAUUAGUCAACACAUGGUAACUUUUUUGCCCACAAAGUUCAUCACUAGAAAGCUGCCUGUCUCACAAGGAAGUAGAAUUUACAGCUAAUCAAUUUGUGGCACGGUUUAGCUUUUAGAGCUGACAUUGUAAACAUGACAAAAUCAUAUAAAACAGCAUAUUAGACAGCUGCUGUCAUAUAUCUGCUAUUAUUGCUAGCCCUGGCUGCCUUUUGGUAUGCAUCACAUCAAUGCUUUGCAGGGUAUGCUAAGCAUCAAGGCAAAUGAUAUUAAUGGCUCAAACUCACUGGAACCAGUUCUUGUCUGGGAGUGGUUCUCAAUUCCCAUCCCAAUUGGUCACCAGUAAUAAACAGGAUAAUGUAGUAAGCCCACAUCAUUUGAUUUCACCUCUACAUACAUGAUUCCAUGUAUAUGAGCAAACGUACACUAUGUUCAAACAUCAAAUACCAAAAUAAACUUCAAACUUUGUUAACAUUUAGUCGUUAUUUUGCUAUCUCUCUCUUUACCAGUGGAAAGGAGCUGAUCCAGUCAUCAGGUGACAGGCUGCGGUUACUGCUGGCCAGAUCUGAGUGGAUGGCAAAGGCUAUCAAGGCUGAGUGCUGACAGCGCUUUUUAGACAUUGAUAUUGAACGCACCAUGAGCGCAAUUUUAGUCAGAUGAUUGAACACUAAAUCAUCUCUUGUCACUUGUUAUCUGACAUCACUGUUUAGAGUGGAGCUUUAUGUUUGAAGCAACAUAAUCAAACUCUUAAACCAGUUACUGAAGGUUACAUGUUCACUGUCAGGCUGCUCCUGAUCACAGUCCUCAGUACAGACACCAUAAAUGCAGCUACUAGAAGAUCUGCAUGAGUGAGACACCAUUUGCACUAUAAUAGA